CCAUGAUUAUCCCACCUAUUAUUGGGAUAGGAGGGGAUCCAUACUGCCCCUCCCUGUGAGACGCUGCUGCUACUUCUGAAACUUCCACACCACUUUAGCCAUCUCCAAGGAGACAAUGAGUGCAUCAUAAGAAACCACAGGUGAUGUCAUAAUUGCCACCGGCAAAGGUGGGGGCAAAGUGUCAUCCUUCGGCACUGGGAAGAGAUGUAGCUGGUGGGCACUUCUCUAAACUACAAAAAUAUAGUGCUUUAUACCAGUCCUGUUCUAAAAGUUCUAGUUUGGAAAAAGUGCUGAUAAUUGUCAGUGUUGUUAAUCUUUUUGAGUUUCCCAUUGAUCCCUAUGGGGAAAUUAUCUAAUGGAGCCCCUGUUCAACUCUUGUACACAGGCCUCUUCAGAGCCUGUUAUCACACGGACUUUAAUACAUGAUAAAAUACAAUCAACGGACUUUAAAGCUCCAUAAAAUAAUCAGCUGAACUAAUACAUGUACUUGAUUUAUCAGUAAAAUGGAGGGGAAACUAUGAUGAAGACAGGAGACAGAUUAGAGAGUGGAAGGGGCGGGGUAAUAAGGAUAACAGAAGGUUAAUGUGAAAAAUGCAAUUAGGUAUAUCUAAACCUCAACACUGCAAGGACACACCUCAUCGAUAUUUUCUCCAUGAUAUUAUAAACAAUUGAUGUAACCAUGGUACUAAUACUGGGGCGCAGAUUAAAUAGAGGGGAUAGCCGGGUCCAGGAAUCCCCCGUAACCAAGCGCAAAGUUUUUGAAAUGGACCCAAAGUCCUUAUCAGGCCAUGAGUUUUUUGAUUUCUCUUCUGGAUCAUCCCAUGCUGAAAGCAUACUCCAGAUCUUCAAUGAAUUUCGCGACAGCCGCUUGUUCACAGAUGUGAUAAUCUGUGUUGAAGGCAAAGAAUUUCCAUGUCAUCGAGCUGUUCUUUCAGCCUGCAGUAGCUAUUUCAGAGCUAUGUUUUGCAAUGACCACAGAGAAAGCCGAGAGAUGUUGGUCGAAAUCAAUGGAAUUUUUGCAGAAGCUAUGGAUUGCUUUUUACAAUACGUAUAUACAGGCAAAGUAAAAAUCACAACAGAGAAUGUGCAAUACCUCUUUGAAACAUCAAGUCUCUUUCAGAUCAGCGUUUUGCGUGAUGCUUGCGCUAAGUUUCUGGAAGAGCAACUGGAUCCUUGCAAUUGCCUUGGGAUCCAGCGUUUUGCUGAUACACAUUCGCUGAAAAUGCUCUUUACCAAAUGCAGAAAUUUUGCACUGCAGAAUUUUGAGGAUGUGUCCCAGCAUGAAGAAUUUCUUGAGCUCGGAAAAGAUGAACUUAUUGAUUAUAUUUGCAGUGACGAACUGGUAAUCAGUAAAGAGGAGAUGGUUUUUGAAGCAGUCAUGCGUUGGGUUUACCGGGCUGUUGAUCUCAGACGCUCAGUGCUACAGGAACUUCUGACACACGUGAGGCUUCCUUUGUUGCACCCUAACUACUUUGUUCAGACAGUAGAAGUGGACCAGUUGAUCCAGAACUCUCCUGACUGUUACCAGCUGCUGCAUGAAGCAAGAAGGUACCAUGUACUUGGAAAUGAAAUGAUGUCCCCAAGGACUAGGCCACGGAGAUCUACUGGCUAUUCUGAAGUGAUAGUUGUUGUUGGAGGCUGUGAACGAGUUGGGGGUUUUAAUUUGCCUUACACAGAAUGUUAUGACCCUAUGACAGGGGAGUGGAAAUCACUGGCUAAACUACCAGAAUUUACAAAGUCUGAGUAUGCAGUUUGUGCUUUGAGGAAUGAUAUCCUUGUUUCAGGUGGAAGGAUCAACAGCCGUGAUGUGUGGAUUUAUAAUUCUCAGCUUAACAUUUGGAUCCGAGUUGCAUCUCUUAAUAAAGGGAGAUGGCGUCAUAAGAUGGCUGUUCUCCUUGGUAAAGUGUAUGUAGUUGGAGGAUACGAUGGGCAAAGUCGACUCAGUAGUGUUGAAUGUUAUGACUCAUUUUCCAAUCGAUGGACAGAGGUAGCUUCUCUCAAAGAAGCAGUAAGUUCUCCAGCAGUUACUAGCUGUGUAGGAAAACUCUUUGUGAUUGGUGGAGGUCCUGACGAUAACACAUGCUCUGACAAGGUUCAGUCAUAUGAUCCUGAUACAAAUUUAUGGCUGCUCCGUGCAACAAUCCCCAUUGCAAAGAGAUGCAUAACGGCUGUAUCAUUAAACAAUCUCAUCUAUGUUGCGGGAGGGCUCACAAAAGCAAUAUAUUGCUAUGAUCCAACUGAAGAUUACUGGAUGCAUGUGCAGAAUACAUUCAGCAGACAGGAAAACUGUGGCAUGUCUGUGUGCAAUGGCAAAAUCUAUAUCCUUGGUGGGAGGCGAGAAAAUGGAGAAGCCACAGAUACCAUUCUUUGUUAUGAUCCUGCAACUAGCAUCAUCACAGGAGUAGCAGCAAUGCCAAGGCCAGUCUCAUACCAUGGCUGUGUGACUAUUCACAGAUACAAUGAAAAGUCCUUUAAACUCUAGAAUGAGGAGAGUUUGUGAAUAAGGAAUCAGUGGCACAUUACAAGCAGAAUUCAAAAUACUCAAGAAAAUGAAGUUGCCUUUUCCAAAGUGUCAUCUGGAAAGAAACACCAUUGUGCUUUAAAACUGAAAAAUCCAUACAAGUGCAACUAUUAAAUAUUGCCAGUAACUGCAGUCCAGCAAUGUUAUGCAUGUUCUGGUUUGAAAAUAAUAACAGUUAUUAAUGGUUAAAUCAUAUUCACUUCUAUAUUAUCUGUCAUCAAAAGUGUGGCCUUUGCCAACUAUUCAUGCCUAUUUUAUACUGAUUAUAGUCUGCAUAUUUUCAUAUCAUCUUUGUGGUAAGUACUGUUAACAGCCAUCAAAAAUAUUUGAAAAUCUGAGUUCAUAACCCUGAUUUAUGUGUACAGUGGUCUGAAAAACGAAACAGCUUGUAUUGCCAGAUAGCUUGUUGCAGUUUCUCUCAAAUGGAUUUAUAUUUAUAGAGCUGCCAUUAAUCUGUCAGAAUUUAACCUACUUAGACAUGUUUUGGAGUAGAUUUUUACUGAAAUAGGUGUUUGAGUUGUAAUCCCCCCAAAACAUCUAUAAAAUUAGCUAAUGAUUCUAAAAAGUCUAUUGUGGUGGGUGGUCAUGAGGCUACUGUAAGAAAUUAACACCUUUUCAUGUUCUGUUCAGGUUGCAAUAAAGCUUUGAGAAUUAGCUGGGACAAUUUUAUACUGCAAUUACUUACAUUGAUUGGGAUACGAAUUUACUCAUUUGUGGUUUGGGAUACAGCUCUGCAGCUUGUGCUGCUGCUGCUGAUUUUCUUUCUUUUAACAGAAAAUUAAAUGGCAAAGGGUACCUGAUUAUAGUUUGGAUAUAUUGCCUAACAAAGUGCUGAUGACAAAGACCUAUAUCAGAACUAAGAGUUGCACAUGGGGAAUGCUUCUGCAUGCACACAUGGGGGAGGGGUGACUUUUUGUGAUCUCUACAUCAACACAGUAGACUAGUGUUAAAAUAUCUGAAGACUAUUUUCUCUAAGCCACUUCAAAAUAUUGUGUUUUCAACUUCAUUAACACUAUAAACCCUUCAACAAUGCACAUUCUUUUCCUACAACAUAAACAAGACAAUCCUGUGUAUGUAUAUGCAGAAGUAAACCCUACUAUGUUCAAUGGGACUUACUCUUGAGUGUAUUGGAGUGCAGCCUAUGUCAUACACCUAAAGCCCCAUAUGUAUGUGGUUACUCCAAAAUGAAAAUUAAUGAGCUUUGCAUUAUUUUAAUACAGCCAUUGGAUUAUUUUGAAUCUUACUUUUAAGCAAAACUUUAAGAUGUUUUAAUUAUUCUUUAUGUUUGCAGAACUUCCAUUAGCCGCUUUUGUGCGGGGUGUGUGUGUGUCCAUUUUCAUUGGAACCGUGGCACGUAUGGAAAAGUUACACAUUCCCUCCCUGCACACCACAAUCCCAGUCCUGAUUGGGCCCCCUGCAACUGUUAUUUAGGGGGGAAAACACAAUCCCCAGUGAAACACAGGUACACUUCUUAUCUAUAGCAUGUGUUUGAGGGACCACUACCCAGGUUCAUUUUUAAGUUUCACACAAAAAUGUGUACACAGUGUACAGACAUCUGAACAUCGGUACAACAUAGCGAGGAUGUUUUCACGACAUGAGCUGCCUUGGUUAUCCCAGGCAGUUCGUGUCCUCUGGAGCACCGAGAGCUGACUGCUCCAGACCUGUGCAGUCUGACUUCUCAACCUGAUGUUUUACCGAGGUAGAAUAAACCAAUGCUUCAUUCUACUUCAGCAGGCAAUGAUGUGCGUAGGUAGCUGGGCUUCCCCCUGGCCCACUGCCAUUUUAGGCAGCAAGCCAGGGGGGAUGAGUAGCCGCGUAGGCAGAGCGGCCACUCUACUGAAAGCAGCUGCUUGUGUGGUACCCUCUGGGAGGAUGUGGAAGAAUUUCUUCCUCCUCCCAGUCCCAGCUCAGAACUGUUGCUGUGCCAACCAUGUGGGCGUAUGGUGGGGCAGAACCCCAAAGAGCAGCCACUUUGAGGGGAAGGCAAGUAAGCUCCUGCCUCCACCACGCCCUCCCCCAGACCUCCCCAGACCUGUAUCUAAGGUUGACUUAAUGUCUGAAUAAAGUUCUGAUUUGACCCUGAUUGAGACAAGUCAGAAUUGCCCUCUAGAAAUCUUCCAUGUAAUCUAUCAAGUUUUCCUCUGAAUAUGAUUAAAUAGGUUAUUUUCUUCCUACCACACAGUAUGCUGGGAUUCAAUAUUAUUAUUAUCUAACAAUCUGAUGUAUAACUUUGUUUCAGGUAAAUAAGCCCAGGGUGGGUGGGUAUUGGAUUCAGAGUAACAGUCUCAAACUAACAACCUUUUGGACCAAUGAUCAAGUAAGCAAGCAGGUGAUUAAUAGCUUGUCUAAGCAGGUAUUCUUUUCUCUUUUUUAAUGGAGUAGGCAAUGUGCCCAUUUCUGAAACAUUGGCAGGUACCUCUGUGGAGUAUGAAUAGUAUUCUGAGAAAUUACUAGAUUUUACUGUUGCAUUUCUUUCCUAUACCAGAUUUACUCACGUAGUAUAUGUAUUAAUUUCUGAAAUGUACGUUAUUUCCUCAUUAAUUUCAGUCACACUUUAAAAUAAAAGUAGUAAACAUACAUGUACUUUUCACAGUGAAUACUUAGACUGAUAGUAACACACUAUACAUGCUGACUAUUACUAUGGUCAGCUGUUUAUGCUGAACACAAUAUAGUAAGCAUUUGCUGCAAAUGAUAAAUAACAGACUGUUAUAUGCAACAGACAAAAUUGGUACAAAAAAUUGUACCAAUAUGUCAGAUACGGGGGGCGGGGGGACUACUAUGCCAUAUUAAACUGUACUUUUAUGUCAGUCACCUUAGCCUUACUUCAGCAAGGUCACUAAUAUGUGACAAGUGUAUAUUUACAUUUUAUUUAAAAUAUGUAAUGAUUAUGUUAGUCUGAAUAAUAUGGCUUUUUGUAGGUCCCUUAUUAUAAUCAUUUAAGUCGAUCCAUAUCCUCCAAUUUUUAUGCAGGACAAUUGUGCAUGCUUCAUUCUAACUCCAUUUAUGAACCUGCUGUUGACUGAACUGAACAAUCUAUAAUGGUUUUAUUGGAUUACAAGGCUUAUUUUCCAGUAGACAGACAUUUAAGUUUAAUGUAAAAUAGACGGUCAAACAGUGAUUGGAGCAAUGGUCUUUAAACUACUUAAUCUAGCACAAUCCAAUCAACAUGAAUUGGAUUAUUAUUAAGUGGUUUGAGGUUUCUAGUCUUGAUAUCUUAUAUUUAGCAAAUCUAUUUCUUAGGUUCUCAUCCACCCAUUUGCCAUUGUUUUGAAAAAGGAAUCAGAUUAAAUUAGUGAUCCACGGGCUGACUUCCUAAUAAAGACAUCCUAAUGAAGGGAGUUCUGUGGGGGGCACAGGAGGGCUCAUACUUCCGAGUGCUGCUCAUGCUCCACAAGAUCGGAAACACAUUGCUGAUGGUCAGCAGCGUAUUUCCAAUCUUGCAGAACACUUCCAGGGCAUGAGCAGUGUUUGGAAGUAUUAUUCCCCUUGCGUCACAGUGCACACGCAAGAGAACGGAGGAGUACAUCUCUGCAGACCCUCCUUACCUCUACACUUAAUUCGGCAGGAUGUCAGACACUGUGUUCUUUUGCAGUUUGUUAUAUGACUGUAUUGAGCCUCUUGUGUUUGGCUGACCAAUGCAUACAUGGUUGUAGCAUGCUCCUAUUAGUGGGCAGGGGGAGAUGGUUGUGCUACUACUUACUAGAACAAAUCUUUAGACAUUAGCAGUAUGAAUGUGCAUUAGAACAAUUCUAACCAAAGGCCCCACUUCUCUGACCAAUAUUUUUCUUCAAAAAUAAUAUAAAAUAUUAAUAUGGAAGUAUACACCACUUUGCAUGUAUCUUCAGGUUUUGGGGUUUUGUUUUGGUUUUUUUUUUUUUUUUUAAGAAUGAUCAACUAGAUGCUCAUAGCAUUACUUCUUUGGAAGUAUAUACAAUUAAAAGAAACAGUUCACAAGUGAGAAAUGUUAAACAAUGCACUGGAUGAUACCCAAUAGCAACUAUUUUUUCAUUGCUUCUAUUUUGGAACUUAUAUCAACACAGAGUUCCUUUUGAGAUAUGGUUUGUUUGAUAUUGGGGAUUGUGUGGAUGUAGCAGCAUAUGUGUCUUUCCUUUGCCUCCUUGCUUCCUUAAACCUUCUUUGUAACAUUCCCGCUUUGGGACUUACUUCUGAUUUAUAAUUAACAAGCUGAAGCAUCCAUUCAUACUUGUAAAUAGAUCAAGCUGCUGUUAACUGUUUGGAACUGGUACUUAUGCCCAUCAGGCACCUGUCGAUACAGUUUCACAUAUUGAAGUCAUUCACACAAGCAAAAAUUGUGUUCUACCCAGGUUUGGGAGCUGUGCGUGCUCCCAAUUUUCAGUUGUGUGGGUGGACACCACUAGGAAGGAGGAAGAGAAGUGACUGUGUGGAAGGCGUCAAAGGAGAAUCCAAAUAUAUACAUAUAUUUAAAUAUAAUUAUAAUAAAACACAACCCUUAGGGAAUACUGUUCAAUUAUGUAAGGAGUUAUAAAACUCAGUCAAUAAAACUAUAUCUAUAUACACAUAACAUAGUACUUGAGAUGAUCUCUAUAUCAAAUUAAAAAGUCCAAUAGUCCAAAAACUCAUCAAUAAGAUGGGAGAAGCCAAGUCAAUCCAAUGUCUUGUUUUAGCUGAGAGAUGACAUAUAAUAGUUUGGCCAGCAUCUGUUCAUGGAUAUGCUGUUGCCAGACGCAUUUCAACUCUAGUUGAGUCUUCUUCAGUGGCAAAUCUAGUAUCUAACAAAAUAUCACUGUAAGACAAAACAUGCAAGAUAAGCUAACUACCCAGAUUUUCCUUCUACCUUGCUUCCGCACAAUCACUUCUCCUUCCUCCUACCUAGUUGUUUGCACCCACACAACUGAAAACUGGAAGCACACACAGCUCCCAAACUUGGGUAAAACACAGUUUUUUGCUUCUGUGAAUGACCUCAUUGUGUCAAUAAUAAGCAACCACUGUUAUCCAGGUGCAUAGGGAGGCCAGCGGCAGCUCCUGUUCCACCCACCACCAGCCCCGUGUGUCUUAUGUCAGACACAGGGGGCAGGGGUUUGCUAGCAAACGGGGCCAUGUGCCCUAUUUCCGAGAAAAUUCCCGGCCAGCACCGCAUUCACAGCAUGGCCGGGAAUGGCUCUCCCUGCUUUAAAAGGCAGAGAGAUGCGUUCCCGGCCAGGCUGGGAAGCCAGCACUGGGCUAAGCUGCUCAAGACUGAGCCACACGGCUUGGAAACGGGGUGCGGCCCUGUUUGCGAGCAAAACAUUGCCCCCUGCAUCUGAUGACACGGGGGCAUGGCUGGGGCACUUAAUGCUGUAAGUUUGCAAUCCUAUGCACACACAUAUGAGAGUAAGUCCCAUUGAACACAGUGGGAUUUACUUCUGAGUAAACAUGCAUAUGAUUGCACUAGAAGUCUAUAGCAUUAUUUGUACUGCAGUUAUUUCUGAAAUGCAUGUAUAAAAUUGUGCCUACCCUGUAAAUACACUUAGCUUUUUAUGGUUGUGAGGAAGCAUCCGGUUUCUACUUUGUGAUACUGUCUUUUUUAAACACAUCUUUUUACUGCUAUAUUACAUCUGAAACAGAUUAUAGUAUCGGUAAAUAGAAAUGAUGAGAUACUAAGGUUUUUUGUGAACAGUCAGUCUUCUACCAGUUUGUAUGUUGAAUAUAAUUCAAAUUACAAUGGACAUCUAGACAAUAAUGCUUUGUAAAAUGAAUAGCUUAUAUUUUUGGCAGAAUAUAUAUAUUUAGUUAUUUCCCAUUUGGAGAAAAUAGUUGCUCAACAUACAGUAUGUCACAGUAGAAAUCAUAGUCUCUCUCUCUCAAAAGAUAUCUUACCUAUGCAAUGGUUUUUUGGACCCAUAUUAAGGAAGUUAUUUCAUUUGGGAGGGAUUCCAAAACUAACUUGUUAAUAGAAUCCUCAAAAUUUAAAAACUUUUACUGUACUCUUUCUGCAUACAGAAUCAAAAUAAUAUCAGAUUGCAUUUGCUUAGCUCAAGAAUUCAAAAUGUAAACAAAAUGUGUUUAUAUUCAGCCACUGUUAGCUGCAAGCUUUGAUUCUUGCUCAAGGUUGUAAAUUCACUUUGCAUGUGAAAAGCAGAAAUAUUUCUUUCAGUUAAACAAGUACAAAUAGGUGUUUGGAAUGAAACAACUUCUGGAUUCUGAUUUGCAAGAAGCCAGGUUUCUACCUGUGCUUCCCACCCCCACCUCCUCCAUGUUGACUUUGGUGGCCAGCAUCCUGACUAACAAUGUACUUGUAGAAGGACACUGCAUGGCUGAGUUCUGCUAACUGGGGAGCUUGUGUUCCAGACGAGUAUUGCGCUAGUGUAAUGUGUCAACUUAAGGGCAUAGUGCAAGGAUGUGGAGCAGAGAAAGGAACGUCUAUUCAAGACUAGUCCUUGUGCUAGCAGAAGAUGUUGACAAAUUACGCAGCUACUGUUCUGCAAUAUUUGUUGUGUGACCUUGUAUAUGUCCUAGAGAAGGCUGUCUGCUAAUGGUUACACAUUACAGAGGACCACAACUUGGCGCAGCUCCACAACCUACUUAUGCAAGUACCACUUGUUAUUGCGCAAGUAGGCUGUUAGGAUGUCGGCUAGUGAGUCCUUCCAUUUUCUAAAACUAGCAAUCUUGGAAACAGUUUUAGUUAUAUUGCACCCUUUUUCUGGUCAUGUACCAAAAUAAAGUUUUAAUAUUGCAACCUAGUUGCUAAAAACUGAAAAUGCACCCAACAUUUGAAGUGAGUGCCUCUUGAAAAGUCUAAAACAUUCAGUAUAUCUUGUGCACUGUUAUUUUUAAGCACUCUGAAAAGAUUGCAACACCAUGGAUCUGAUUUAGCAAUUUGAUAUACAUGUAAGGAAUUUGCCUGGUAGGUUUUAAAUGCAGUAGAAAUUCUGAUAUUGGAUUUGUCCUUAUAACUCUUCAUAUGACUGACAUAUGGAUUCUUUGGUAUUUUUCUUAUCAAUGAAAAGCUCUCAAAUAGUCAAGCCAACAUUCCUUCUCCAUUCUGUUAAGGUGUUUUCAGAAUACUUAAAUUGUCAGUACUACACAAUAAAUGGCAGCUUUAUGAAAUUUACCAGGUAAAAUCUUCAGGUUAUAACUUGCAUUUGAAUCAGGGGUAGCAAUUUUGCUAAUGAUAUCACUUUUAAUGUGUUUUCAAACAUAUUGCCCUACUUAAGACUAUUUUUGAGAACCAUAUUAGCAUUUAAUUAUUUGUCCUAUGCAGAUGCACCAGUCAACAUGUUAACGUUAUUUUAUGUGUAUGUAUUUAUAAGUAUGUGUGAUUUGUUUUGGUGAUCAGUUUAUAAUCAUAAUGAAGAUGAUCAUUUAUAAAUAAUAUGUUUAUAGUUUCUGUGUAUGGUAUGUAGCAUUGUAGUAUUUAAGUAAGAGUGAAAAGCAUGUGAUUAUAGCUUAUUUUGCAUAAUUAAUCCAAAGAAUAGACUCUGUAUGUUUGUAAACAAAUCUAUUCUUAGUGUAAUCGCUGCCAAAAGAAUACAAAUUCAGAAUAAAUGUUGCUAAUUUGCA